AUGCUUUAUCAUGAGAUAUUACCACUUGAGUUGAUUGAAAAAAUCAUUUUAGAAAUUGAAAAUUUUGAACCAAUUCCUAAAUUAGUUCGACAAAUUUGGUAUCACAAUGUUACAAUUAAUACUUUGUUUGAAUUACUUGUGAAACAUGAAUUAUAUAAUUUGAAUACUGGGUUAUAUAAAAUCUAUGUUAAUUUUGACUCCAAGAAAUAUGCACCUUCAAAUGAAUUUGUGAUUAUUGAAUUCGAAAGUAUGCUAGAAAUAAGACUUAAAUCCAAAAAUUUUAAAAUUAUUAAUCCAUUCCUUCAGUUGUGGUAUGGAUACGAGACUGACCCAAGUCUCAAUUUUUAUUUAGACAUUUUACCAUUUCGUAUUGAAGAAAACGAAUCAAAAACCAAAGAGAUUUUUAAAGCUGAAGAAUUACCCCCAGAGGUAGAUUUAGAUUUUAUGGUUUGGUUUUUAAAUUAUUACAUUUAUGGAGUUGUUCCUCGACAGUCCUUUGAAGACCGGGUAGUAAAGAUCAAAGAAGCAAAAAUAUUUCUUACUAUUGAUUCUUUUUAUAAUUUAUCCGCAAUCAAAGAAUAUCAAGAAUGGCAGCCUGAUUCAUUGGAUAUUAAAAUCAAGAAUAACAAAACUCCCACUAACUUCCUGGUUCUUCAAAUUAAGUCAAAACCAUUCAAAAAUUUGAGAGUAUUUAAAUUUGAAUAUAACGCUUACGAGUCCUACCUUUCUUCGGAUCUUGAACUUGGAAAAUUACUUGGGAAGUCAAUUGAGGAAGUAACAAUAAUUAUGUCAUAUUUGCAAAUCAAGUUAUUAUUAAAUGGGUUUGAUGACAAUCAAUUGAAAUAUCUUCGUAUAGAUUCCAAUUUAAAUAGUUAUGGAAAACCUAAUCUGAGAAAAAGAGCAACAAUAAUAGAAAUGAUUAAAUCAAAAGUUCGUGAUGGUAAUUGUGAAAUGUACAUUAUAGAUAAGGAACUUAGAAGGUAUAAAGUGAUUCAAUUACAUCUGCUUAUUGGGAUGCAAAAUAUAGAUUUAGUUUGA